CGAGUGUACAUUUUGCCGGUAAUGUGCACUACUGUUAUUGACAAAGGGCCACGACCUUCUCCUUAAUCUGAAGUUGAUUCGCUUUCAGUAUAAAUUGGACCAUGUCUUGCCUUUCCUCUAUUCUCUCGUCGAUCAUAAUUCUUUUUAAAUUCUACUACAGCCAAGAAUUCACCUUUUCACGCAUCAUAUUUCCAUCAGCCAUGAAGUCGCCUAUCGGAUUAAUAACGUUACCACUGUUAUCGGUGAUGCUGAUGUUUUUCGUCUCACACAAGACUGCACGGGCCGUCUCAAAUUGCCGGUGUUUGAGAGAUAUUCCCCUCGUAAUAACCAACACUUACGAGUGCUGCAAAACCGACCAUGGAACAAUGAAAGGAGUUUAUUGCAAUCUUAAAGCAAGUAAUGGAAACGCCGAAGAUAGGUUCAAAGCAUGCUGCAAUCAAUCACCAACCACUUUGGUAGCUGAUGGUAUCUGUAACGAACACUAGCUACAUAGCAACACUCUUUGUUAAAACUUUUAACAAAAGGGAUGAAACCGUGUAAUGCCCAUCAUAUCCUUUCCAUGUUUCUGUUCCUCUUUCUCUUUUCUGUCGUUGUUGUUGCUCAGUUGUAAUAGAAUGUAUAUUUUUAAUAAUCUGCCAAGUAAAGAGUAAAGUAUUUUCUGAUCUAGCUACUGCGAUGAUUGGGUAUGUGCAGAAAUAUCAGUU